GGCAAUGGUCACGAGGAGUAGGAAAAUGGGAAGGAAAUAUAGAAUAAGGAAUAUGAGGGAUUUAAGAAACAUGACAUUGCUGGCAAAGUAAGGAACAUAAGAGAUUCGACAGGAAUUAUGUUUGGUGCUGAGCAACAUGAUUAAAAUUCCCCUUCAUACACGUGAGGCCGAAUUGUCCGCGCAGUUUCGGGUCAGCAGUCACGGAAUAAUGAAGAUGGCAUUGAAGAGAGACCUGUAAUGUCCUUUUAUGAAUGACGACACAAACAACCUAAAGAAAGGGUGUAAACAACGAACUCAACUGUCACGUCCAGGACAGAACGGAGGUUGCAGCAGCUAAACAGUGCAACCCCCAGAGAACCUGUGUUCCCUGCCCGCUGGCGAGCACAGUUUGUGGUGAAUUCACCUGCAACAGUGGACGCUUUUGAGUUCCACAAUGGUGAAGUAUUUUGUAAAUGAGGCUGACAUCAAGAGUACUUGGGACCAUGUUUUCUCUGCGUUCUGGCAGAGGUACCCAAACCCUUUCAGCACCCACGUUCUCACAGAGGACGUGGUUUUCCGCGAGGUGACGGCGGACCACCGGCUCUUCUCCAGGCGCCUUCUGACCAAGACUAACCGUCUGCCCCGCUGGGCCGAGAGGAUCUUCCCCGCAAACCUCUCGCGCUCCGUUUACAUCGUGGAGGACUCCAUCGUCGACCCCACCAACAGGAGCAUGAUGACCUUCACCUGGAACCUCAACCACACCACGCUGAUGACGGUGGAGGAGCGCUGUGUAUUCCAAGAGAACCGGGACCAGCCUAGCUGGACCUGGCUGAGGCGAGAGGCAUGGAUCUCCUCAGGGGUGUUUGGAUUCUCCAGACCAAUUCAGGAGUUUGGGCUUGCCCGAUUCAAGAGUAACCAGGUGAAAGCCAUGAAGGGCCUGGAAUAUGCACUGUCCAACCUGCAUGGAGACGCGCUACAGUGGCUCCGAAAGGACACGGCGAAGGACGCCUCUGAGAAGGCCAAAGAGACCGCGAUGGCCGCCACGGAGAAGGCCAAGAACUUGGCCUCGGCUGCUACCCCCCAGAAAUCCCAGCAGUAUGUGUGACGUGUCUGUAGCUGGGCCUGGGACACUGCAUACUUGCACACACACACACACACAUACAUACACACACACACACACGCACGAAAGUCCCCACUAUGCUUAGUGGUGUAGAACUGGGAUCAAUGGUUUCAAUGUGGGGAGGGGUCACUGUGUCUGGUCAGUGCAGGUGCCUUUGACUGACCAGGCCUUCCUCUCAUUCAGGAGGCCUCUGACUGCUAUGCUUUUACAGGUGUCUCUUCUGUUCUGUUUGCAACCACUCUGUUUUUGCUGAAAUUAACUCUCAGGUACUGUACAACUGCACACAGUAAUGACAACGUGUAGGCAUCCAGAUGUUUACUAUGAGGACACAUCACUUGUUCUUCACUGUCCUGUAAGUGUAAGCUGUUGGCCUGUUUAAAUUUAAGAACCAAGCACGCACAUGUGAACCCAGCAUAUGCAAGAGCAUGCAGAGAUCUGGACAAAAAGUGUAUAAUACGGCAAUAAUUAUGAUGCUUAAGCUGGUCUCAGGGCUAAGUCAGUAAUUACUGUUAUUGUUUUACA